ACUAUUAAACUUGUGUUUGUAUGUUUGAUGGCUGCAACAAGAAGUGGAGAUGAUGAUAAUAACAGGCGGAACGAUACUCAAGCCGGUAUCCCAUCUGCCUACAGAGGAGUCCGGAAGAGAAAAUGGGGGAAAUGGGUGUCUGAGAUCCGCGAACCGGGAACCAAAAACCGGAUAUGGCUAGGCAGUUUCGAGACGCCUGAAAUGGCCGCAACAGCGUAUGAUGCGGCUGCAUUUCAUUUCAGGGGAAGAGAAGCUCGUCUGAACUUCCCAGAGCUGGUCAACAACCUGCCAAGGCCUGUGAGCUCUACCCCUGACGGCGUCCGCAUGGCAGCUCACGAGGCUGCACUCUCCCUGAGAGCCGCUACGGACGACGGUGACAGCUCCAGCUCCAGAGUUGGUCCAGUCACUGUCAGACUCUCGCCCACAGAAAUUGAGGCCAUCAACGACUCAACCUUGGGCUCACCCACUAUGUGGAUGCAUGCAACAGCUGAGAGACUAAUGCUGGAUGGUGACUCUCUCGGGUUUGCUGAUGAUACUUAUCAGAAUGUGUGGGAUAAUUACCAGACCGACUCCCUUUGGGACCCUUGAUAUUAUUAAUCUAUACUUCUUCUCUAAGGAGUAUAGAUUAA